AUGUGCCGCUCCCGUACCAGAAGAUCGCUGGGUCGAGGGCGAAAACAGCAAAGAUUUGGCGAUGCAGGGAAACUGCAGCAGGAGCCCUGGAGGCCCGAGCACCAGCCGUUACCGCGUAAGGCAAGUAGUCGUGAGCCGAUUGGUUUGUCACUAUGGCCCAUAAAUCGGAAGAGAAUGAGGAUGAGUAAAAUGCUACCGUACAAACCCAUGUCGCGCGUCCCCGUGUGUGUGGCUCCCGCCCUGAGAUUUGAAACCGAAAGUCGUCGUCCUCGGGACGGCUCACAUGCCCGCGGUGGUGACGACGGUAUGAGCGGGAACCUGUCCGUCGAUGAAGAUUAAUUAUGAAGCAGUCGUCGUGAUGCAGACCACAGCUCACCACCCCGCCCUGUGCGUUAAGCGACCUGCACCACAUAAUUUCGCCUGGCAAGUGGAGGGCCGAGGAAACAUGCCACACACCGUUGUGGAGGUGAUGAACGUGUCAAAAGCCUGACCGUUUCUGCUUGCCCCGGAUCGUUUGCCUUGACCCUUGACCCUGUCGCGUUUGUUGCAACUGUUGUCGCCAGCGAUCUUGUCUUGCUCUUUCCACAAAAUCUUGCACCAUCCAAAUUUCAAGUGGUUCAAGGUGUGGUUGAAAAAGAGCAAACUUCGAUCGGUGGAUGAUUUACGACGGGGGACAACCAAAGAUUGAGUAAACCAGGUUGCAGUUUGCCAAGCUUAGAAAAAGCAACGUACGGAAGAGUUGACAUGCAUUCAAUUAAUUGAGGCUCAACUAUCGGACGAGGCCUUGGUACUGCCAAGGCAGAAGGAACUCAUUGGCUCAGACUUGCCUUUACUUCGUCAUUGUGAUGAGUGAACUAGCAACCAAGUAAGACUCAUCGUCGUAGGAAGAGGAGGGUUUCAUAGCCCAUCAAGAGAUGCGAGAGAAACACACAACCUCAGCGCCGCGAUCAGAUUUUGUCUCCAGUCGCUGCUGAAUCCCUCAGUACUCGGAAGUAUCUGUAAUUGUGUCAUCACCGCCAGGAUUGUAGUUACUUUGUAGGAAGAGCGGAUGCGUCAACAGUCUAGCAACCAGACCACCAGGAGAAUUCGAGGCAUUGAUACUGCAUGCCUAGAGCUGUG